AUGAGAUGGGCAGAGGACGACGAGGAAAGUGGAGAGGAGAGCGAAGAGGGAGGGACGAGGAGGGCGAAAAAGGUGGAAAAUGCUGCUGCCCCCGACGGCAGCACUGCGCACAACAGAGGCGUGGGAGCGAGAGAGAGAGCGAGCGAGCGAGAGGGGGAGAGCGAGGGAGGGAGCGAGGGAGGUGGCCAAGACUGGCAUGCACAGACCCCCGCAGGCCCCCGCUCAACGGGCAGGCGGGGGCAGCGGGCAGGCGUGGGUAGGGGUAGGGGUAAGGGCAGGGGCAGGGGCAGGGGCUAAAGAGGGAAGCGGAGCGCAUAUACAAACAAAAAGAUAUGGGGGAGAGCUCAGAGCCGCAGGAGGGAACACGCCGGCAGCGCAGACAAGCGCAGGGGGUUACGGGAUCGGAGGGAGGGGCUAAGGCGGGGAGGGGGGCUGCGGGGCCCGCAAGCCUGCCAGGCCCCGGCCAUGCCGACUCCGGCUCCAGUCUCCUCGGCCAUCGAUGCGCGCUUCGUUUCUCUCGCCUCCUCCACGCUUAUUUAUCACCAUUGUUUUGACUUCGCAUGCCAUGCCAUGCGCGUACAGCCCGGCACCACCGCCCGCCCUGGAUCUCCACGCAUCCGCUGCGCAUCGGAU